AUGGAGACCAUCUCGUCUGGUUUCCACCUCGCCGACGGCAAUGGUUACAUGCUCGACAAAGGUUAUGCUGCCACCUGUCGCCUGAACCUCCAGUUCUAUCUCUGGAAGGACUCGUUGACUUUCAACCUACACCCAUCUAUCCCCAUCCCACACACCCAGCCCUCGUCGCCGCUGAGAAUCGCGGACCUCGCCUGCGGCACAGGCAUCUGGCUCCUCGACCUCGCCCGUGAACUACCGGAACCAGCUGUCCUCGAUGGCUUCGACAUUGAUCUCUCCAAAGCCCCACCGGGUCAGUGGCUGCCAGACAAUGUCACCGUGUACCACUGGGACAUCCUCAGUCCCGUUCCGGAACAUCUCGUCGGAAGAUACGAUAUCGUCCACCUCCGUCUUUUGAUACUGGUGGUAGAGCACAGCGAUCCCGUCCCCAUUAUCCAGAAUGCGUACCGCAUGCUGAAGCCCGGCGGGUACAUCCAGUGGGAUGAUCUCAACUACCCCGAUACACAUGUCAUCAAGAAAAAUGCAGGCACAGACACCCCGGCGUUUGACCGGCUGCUUCAUUUUGUUCGCUCAAAUGGAAGACAUGAUUGGGUGCUGGGCUUACCCGGUAUCCUGGAACGCAAUGGCUUUACAGGUGCCCGGCUGGAUCAUUUCCGGGAUCGCAUGGACCUGGCCAUGGCGAAUGGGGACCAACAUCUGAUGACCAUGGAGGAGUUUGCCGGGUCCUUGCAGCGGAAGGGGAUGCUGGAGGAAGCGAGGAAUAUACAUCAAUUGAUUGCAGAUUGCUGUCGAGAGGCGUCUCAAGGAGUGGCGCUGUCCAUGCCCAGACGGGAUCCCACGCAGGCAUCCAACGUCGUCCACCCGUCCGAAGUUUCCGAUCAGAACAAAGCGAAAGAUACCUCUCAAGCCCCUGCCUUUGGGGCCCCGGAGCCAAAGCAACCGCCCCUGAAACCUCCAAGCCUCACUCGAGCAAGAUCCUGAACAAACUGGAUCCUCGGUUCGACAGCGACGUGUUGGAACAGCGUGAUCAAGGGAAUACCGGUCGCACUUGAAGUAGGAGGAAGCAUGGUGGAGUAUCUAUACUGGAGAGAGAUCAAAUUGAAUGUAUAUAUUUGAAUGACAUGAGCUACAUGAAUUCAGAAC